UUUGAAUGUGAGAAGUUGCUAUUACACAGCUUGUGUUAUAUUGUUUUUAUGCAUAUUUCUAUAUAGAUUUGGGUCCACACUCUCUCUGUUCAUUGGCAUAAGACUGUGACAGCAUCUAUGAAAUUAGGAAGUGAAGAAACCAAAGCAAAAAUAAAAAAAAGGGGGGUGUGUUUUCGUUUUACUAUCUACACCUUUCUGAUUCCUGAAAAGUACUACACCUUUCCUGCACCUUCUCACGUGCUUAAUAUAUAUAUAUAUAUACAUAUAUUCUCUAAUACUAUUACUUAUUUAUUAGUACCCUCUUCUUCUUCUUCCUCUUUGUCAUUCAUCAAAAAACUUCACAAACUCUUAUAUAUAUAUAUUUUGCUAUAAAUGAGCACAUAGUUGAGUUGAAGAGACUAAAAUGGCUUUGGAAACUAUUAUCUACGACACUAUUUCUGCAACUCCAUUUAGUAGUAGUACUAGUUCUUAUCAUCAUGAUACAAUAGAGUCUUCUUGUUUCUUGGAAAAUGCAAUGAGCUAUGAGCAGCAACAACAUCAUGAAGCGGUGAUAUUUGAUCAGAGCAAUAGAAAAAGAGAAUUUAUGGAGCAAGAUGAAACAAUGAGUAGUAAUCAAGUUGCGCAAGGGAGGAAGAAGAGGAGAAGGAAGCCAAGAGUUUGUAAGAAUAAAGAAGAAGCUGAGACACAGAGAAUCACUCACAUUACGGUUGAGAGAAACCGUCGAAAACAAAUGAACGAACAUCUCGCCGUUCUUCGAUCACUCAUGCCCGAAUCCUAUGUUCAAAGGGGUGACCAAGCCUCGAUAGUUGGUGGAGCCAUAGAGUUUGUGAAGGAACUAGAACAUCUCUUGCAAUCACUUGAAGCAAGAAAGCUACAACUCUUCCAACAAGAACUAGCAUUACAACAAAACAACAUUGAAGAAACAUCCAAUGUUUCAAAGCUCAAUAAUAUGAAACCACCAUUUGCGCAAUUCUUUGUGUAUCCUCAAUACACAUGGUCUCAAACUCCUAAUAACAAAUACACAUCCAAGACCAAAGCUGCCAUAGCCGAUAUCGAGGUUACAUUAAUCGAGACUCAUGCAAGUCUUAGAAUUCUCACUAAAACAAGACCAGGACAGUUAACUAAAUUGGUUGCUGGUUUUCAAACACUCUUUCUCACCAUUCUUCAUCUCAAUGUCACUACCAUACAACCUUUGGUUUUCUACUCUAUCAGUGCCAAGGUUGAAGAAGGAUUUCAACUUGGUUCAGUAGAUGGCAUUGCAACAGCAGUUCAUCAUUUACUUGGAAGAAUUGAGGAAGAAGCUUCACUAUGUUGUUAAACGGAGGGUGCAUGAUUUCAUGGAAAUGACAAAAUUAACCCUCAACUAGUAUUUAUGGAUGGUUUGAGUAUUUGUUCUUUUUAGUAAAUUUGGUGUGUUAAAUGUUAACUUUAGAUUACUAUAGUAGCAGUUGAUUAUGCUUUGGUUCCUAGCUACACUAGUUUGUUUGGAAUGGUUAUUAACACAAAGGUUAAAGAAAUUAGGGUUCAAACCUAAUGGCCUAAAAUCAAAGUUAUUUUGCAACAAGGGAGUGACAAUUAUCUAUCACAUAAAUUUUUUA